AAAAUUCGAAAUCAAAGAAUGGAUUAUUAUUAAGAGAGUGAUAUAAUCACACUGAAUUAGAAAUACGAAAUCAAUCUAAAAAAAGUCAUCGGAAAAGGCUCUUAUGGGGUUGUCUAUGAGUGCAGGGAUUUAUCUAACCCAAACUCUGAUCAAAAAUUAUGUGCAAAAGUAAUAGAGUUUCAUAAUUUUUUAGUUUACUGAAAUCAUUCAAAAUCAAAAAUAUAGUAGGGAAUAUCAAAUAAUGUGCAUACUAAAAACAGAGGCAAAAGGAAAUCCAAACAUUAUUUAAGUGAUAGAUGUAUUGGUGCAUGAUGAGAAAUACGUCAUAAUCUAAGAAAGAUGUGAAUGUGAUCUAUUUCAUAUAAUCAAAUAAAGAAGAAUAAAUAAAAAAAGAUUUACUCCUAAAGAAGCAUUAGAAAUCAUUAAAUAAAUAAGCUAUGGAUAUAAAGCACUCUUUGAUAAGAAGAUCAUCCAUCGUGAUUUAAAACCAAGUAAUAUUCUAUUUCUGAAUGGUACUUAUAAAGUAACAUAUUCAUAAUCUCAAGAUUGCUGACUUCGGUUUUGCAAGAGUAGCUGAUCCAUAUGGAGAACAUACAAAAUUAGGAACUCGAGGAUAUUUUGCUCCUGAAAUAGCUUGGUCUUUUUCUUAUACUUGCUAAGCCGAUAUCUUCUCUGUAAUAUAAAUGUUGAUCUUAAUAGUUGGGGGUUAUCUUUUACUAAUUAAUCUUCGAUGACCUUCUAUUCAAGGCUGACACCUAUGCCGAGGCUAAAAAUUAAUUAUUCUCUUUAAAAGAGCAUCCCUUUAAAGUGAGCAGAGAAUCACUUGAAGUAUUACUAUUCAUAUUUACUCUUAGUUCUAAGUUGAUGAUUCCAUCCCUUAGUUGAUUGAAAGAAUGGUUUUGUAUAGUGAGGAGGAUAGAAUAAAUUGGAACCAAUUUUUCCAGCAUAAAUUAAUCCAAUAGAGCCUACCAAUGAAUUUAGAUAAAAGAAUGCCAACCCCAGAUACUGAGAAUGAAUAAGAACCUAUAAAAGAGAAAUCAUAAUCACUAAAGCACAAUAUACAAGUAUUUCAGAAUUCCAAAUUUUUAGCCAAUAAAUCAACCGUAAAUUUCUAAACCAAAUGAAAUAGCUUAGUAACAAUAUAUUGUUUAACCUCCUAAUACCUUUUAGAAUCAUUACAAUCAAUAAGAAUAUAUAAAUCUAUUAUGUUAACAUUACUAAAUUGGAAUUUUUAUUGUUUAGGUUGAAUAAGAGGUCUGUAACACUUUUUAAAAUAUAUUGAAUAUCAUAAAAAUUAGGAAUAAUUUAAUUUAAAUGCCUACUUACUGGUUCCUCCAUCUAAGAAGAAUACUAUGCAAUUUAGCUUUAAUCUUUCUUAAUAGUGCUAAAAAUGGAUAAUUGCCAUUUUUUAAUCUCAAAUAAGAUAUUGAAAAUUUCUUUAUUAAAUAAUAAGUAAUUUUUAUUUAUCAAUAAUAAGAAUUUAAAAUAGGAAUUUCAAGCUAAUAAUUUAUAAUAUUUUGAAGAAAACCUUGGAUUUCAGAAUUUGAAUAAAUUUAUUUAAGACAUAAAGCAGUUCAUGAUACUACUUGAUCUGAUAUAAUAAACUAAGAAUAUCCACUAUUUUCAAUAUCAAAGGUUAUAUAUAAUUAAUAGAUUAUUAGGCUAAUAUAUACUUUACAUAAGUUAUCAGAAGCAAAUGACAAAAAUUUAUAUUACACUAUUUUGAAAACUAGCUAAGAGCACAACGAUGAAAAUUUAAUAAAAUAAAUUUAUUAAUGA